UUGGACGCAUAUGUUUUGAUCCCUGUCGUCAGUAGUGAGUGGAGGCUUGUGUUGUGUGGUGUUGGUCGGGGCUUGCGAAAUUAUAGCGUUUUAAAAUCACUGGCAAUGUCGUCGCUGUCGCUUCCGAGGGUUUUGCAGCAACGCAAGACCGGCUUAGAAUUGGAGAGGGAGAAUUUUGAAAAGAACCAGGCCAUCAGUAUCAGCAAGGCUAUCAACAAUAUGGAAACUCCAGUGAAGCAGAAACAUGUGAGAAGCACAAUCAUUGGAACAUUUCAAGAAAAAGGUGGAGCAACUUUCUGGGCAUGUGUGCUGCGACUGCCUUUGCAGGACAGUCGUAUUGUUGCAUGGAAGUUCUGUCAUGUGCUGCACAAGGUGCUGAGAGAAGGCCACCCACAGGUGUUAUCUUAUUCACAACGUUACAGAGGGAAGAUUGAGGACCUGGGGAAAUAUUGGUGCCACUUGAGGGAGGGAUAUGGGAAGUUAAUACAAAUUUACUGCUCAUUACUGGUGACAAAAUUGGACUUCCAUAGACGUAAUCCUCGGUUUCCAGGAAACAUGCAAGUUACUCAAGAAGAACUUGAAAGUAUUGGAGAAAAUGAUAUAAAUAAUUACUUCCAGAUGUCAGUGGAGAUGUUUGACUACAUGGAUGAAAUUCUAAGUCUUCAGUCAGCAGUUUUUGGACAAUUAGACAUGUCCCGGUCAAAUUCAAUGACUAGUUGUGGACAAUGUCGCCUUGCUCCACUGAUACCAUGUAUACAAGACUCAUCACAACUCUAUGACUAUUGUGUGAAAAUACUUUUUAAAUUACAUGCAAGCUUACCACCAGAUACACUGGGUGGCCACAGAGAGAGGUUUCUUAAACAAUUUAAAGAUCUGAAACAGUUCUACCUUACUGCAAAUACAAUGCAGUACUUCCAGUCCCUUAUACAAAUUACGUUGUUGCCAAAGAAACCACCGAACUUUUUAGUGGAAGCCGAUCUUCGCAGUUAUGUGACACCAGUCGUAGUGCUUCCACCAGAGGAGAGUACUCAUGAAACAGAGUCUACUGAUGGUACCCUGAUUGAUACUACUGAUACGGGAUCAACUGGAGAGUUAUUGGAUUUACACAGUCGAAAUGGUUCCAUAUCGCCAGAUGUACUAGCAGAAAGGGACAAUUUAAUUGAACACCUACAUAUGGAAAUAGCACGCCUUCGUCAAGAAAUUCAGAGACUAACAGCAGAGCACAAAAGGAUUGUGGAACAAUUGAAUGAGCGAAUAAUGGACUUGGAGACCCAACUAGCAACAAAGGACAGUGAACUUCUUCAGGAAAAGCAGCUGAAGGAUGACCUACUUCAGCAGACGGAGGAUUUUUCAAGAUACCAGGAAACAGAAAAGAAGGCCAAAACAAUAGAGGAAAAGUUUCAGAAAUUAAAGGAGGUGUACACAAAACUGAGAGAGGAACAUAUUCAGCUAAUACGACAGAAAGCAGAUGUAGAUAAACAGUUACUUCAUGCAAGGACUGUAAGUGAUCAAACUCAGAGACUGCAAGCAGAAGCAGAAGCAAAAUUGCAGGAAAUGCAGUUUGAGAGAUCAAAAAUGGAGCAGAACCUUGUACAGUCGGCAAAUGAGGCUAGUGAACAGGUAGCUGCACUGAAGGCUGCACAAGAAAAUGCAAAAUUGGAGAAUGAGACACUUGCAGCGCGAGUGGACUGGGUGUUAAAAGAGAAAAGUAAUCUUGAAAGUGAACUCCAUGAUUUGCUAUCACAGAAGGAAGAGUUAGAUCAACAGUUACAGGAAGCAGAAGCUAAGCAUAAAAAAUUGCAGGAUCAGUUACAGAAAGAGGCAGAGGAUAGAAUGAAAAGCAUACUUGUAUCCUGUGUGGUGCAGGCUGAAACCAUAGUGCAAAGAGCAAUUCAUGAAGUUGACAAUCCAGCUUUAUCAGCAGUUACGUGUACACCAGAUUAUUUUCAAAGUCUGACUGAUCCUGUUGUUGCAUCAUUGGAUGACAUCAGUGCUUCGUACAAAAUGUUCCAUGACAACUCGGCGAACAUAGACGACCUCUUAAAACAUAUUUCACAUGUUGCACAUCUAAUAUCUAAUUAUUUAAUUCAAGGAAAAACUACUUCAAACACAUCACCAGACAUAGAAUUUGGAGAGCGAAUUGCAGAAGCCUGCAAACAGGUUGGCACUGAAUCACUUGUACUUCUUGCAAGUGUAAAAUCAGUGGCUCCAUCAUCGUCCAUAACAGACAAUGCAAGUACUGUUAAGCAGAAAGUUAAAGAUGUGACUGAUUUAAUGGAAAGACUGAUAAGUCAGUUAAAGGGUGACUCUGCAGAAAUAAUAGAAGAUCUAGUUGAGAAUGAACUGUCAAGUAUGGACAAAGCAAUAGAAGAGGCUGCAGCUAGAAUAGAGGAAAUGUUAAAUAAAUCCAGAGCUGCCGAUUCUGGUAUUAAGCUUGAAGUAAAUGAGAAGAUUCUAGACUCUUGCACCAACUUGAUGAAAGCAAUUAGGUUGCUUGUUCAGAAAUCUAAACUUUUGCAAGCAGAAAUUAUUUCGCAAGGAAAGGGUACUGCAUCUACAAAGGAAUUUUAUAAACGAAAUCACCAGUGGACUGAAGGCUUGAUAUCAGCAGCAAAGUCUGUGGCAGUGGGAGCUCGUUUCUUGGUAUCGGCAGCAGACAAAGUUGUUAGUGGAAAUGGAAAAUUUGAACAGCUUGUUGUGGCAUCCCAAGAAAUUGCUGCAGGAACGGCACAGUUAGUUGUUGCAAGCAGAGUGAAAGCAGACAGGAAUAGUACUAACCUUGCUGCCCUGUCCCAAGCAUCAAAAGGUGUGACCCAGGCAACAGGUGGUGUUGUUGCAACUGCAAAGUCCUGCAGCCAAAUGGUAGUGGACAAUGAGGAGCUGGAUGUGAGUGGCUUGACUUUACAUCAAGCAAAACGGCUGGAAAUGGAGUCUCAGGUUAAAGUAAUUGAGCUUGAAGCAAACCUGCAGCAGGAACGUCUUCGACUGGCAGCACUCCGGCGGCAGCACUAUCAGCUAGCGGGGGUCACGGAAGGUUGGGAUCCAGAGUAAACCAUUACCAAGUAUAACAGCAUCAUGAAAGAAGUUUCAACUGAUGAUGAAAUCGUGAAGGGAAAAGAUAAAGUUUUGGCUCCAGACUGUGCAAUGUGAAGAGACAGCCUACAAAUGAGGCUGAUCUGUAGCUGCUGAUGUAACUACAUCCGAGCCUUUUCCAUGUACCAAUCUUUUCUAUGUAUUUUUAUUUAUAUGUGAUAUCCACAGAGUAUAUCAACGGUAUUUAACACUUUUGAUUAAUGUCGUAAGCAAUGAUUGCAACUCAUUUCAUAAGAAGUUUUUGCCUUACAUUAAGUUGGGAAAGAGACAAAUGUAAAUAUUGUACGCAUCAUAAACAUCAUUAGAAUGUGUGGAAGUUUGAAUCAUUGAACUCAGGGACUGAAGUGUCUUUAAAAUAUGAAACUGUUAAUAAUAUUGUUUUCAAUUUUCCCAUGUAAGUCAUCACACUGGUCUUUAUUUAUUGUUUUCCAAUAUGUAUUAAAACAUAUCACCUCUCCAUUGACAAAUGAUAUAUGCUAACAGUUCUUAUUCAGCUGUAUGGUAAUAGUAAGAACUGCUGAUCAUACCAAAAUAUAGAUCAACAGGCCCCCCAGCCAUGUUGAUUGUGAAGUAUUUUACUCUACCAAAAUAACACCAAAAUCAAAUAAAUGUAAGUCAUAGAAAAUUUUUGUCAUUCAGUAAUAACGAACAUUUACAAACAUCAGAGGAUCUGUUAAAAAGUAAUAAUGCGAGGCAUUUGUAACAUGUUCAGCAUUUUAAAUUAUUUAAUUACCUGUAAUUUGUAAACAGUUGAAAGAAAACAUUAAUUACAGUAAUUGUUUACUCACAAAUCUGUGGAUUUGUUAAUAAUUCUGCCUACUGAUGGUACUAUGUAUUAUAUGUAAUGGCAGAUGAUUCUGGUUUGUAAUAAUACAAUCAUUUUUCAUUUUUAA